AUGGAAAUAACCUGGUUAAAUCUUGCAUUAUUAAGAGAUAUGUCUCGUAAUUUAAUCCAAGAAAUACCACAAAAGGCUGGUCUGGGAAUGCCUCACCUUAGUAUCGCACUAUUCUCUAGUACGAAUCAUAGAGGUUUGGCCUUUACUACAUUCCAGAAUAUGGCUAAUCUGACAAUUCUUUCGCUUCAAAACAGUCACAUUUACACAAUAUGUGAUCAAGCGUUCAAAGAACUUGGUACACUAACCGAUUUGAAUUUAUCCAAGAACAAAAUCAAGGACAUUAGCAAUAUGACAUUUUAUGGCUUGUAUUCUUUAAAAACAAUGAACUUAAAAGAUAAUAUGAUAGAGCAAGUACCAGAAAGCGCACUUGAAGGCCUUAUUUCUCUGCAACAUUUGAACUUAGAUAAUAAUCGCUUUAAAUCUAUCAAUGAAAACAUCUGCUUUGGUUCAAGGCGGCUAAAAAUCCUAUCCAUUAAUGAAAAUUAUAUCAAGCAUGCUAAUUUUGGAGCCUUAAGAGAAUGUUUAAUUAGUUUGAAUACUUUAUUACUACAAAAAAACAUGAUUUCAUUCCUAAAUGUAACAUCACUAUCAAAUAUGUAUGCAUUGAGAACAUUAAAUUUAAGAAAUAAUCCGAUAUCAGAUAUAUCCCCAGAUGCAUUUACAGUCUUCAGUAAUGCUCAAGUGCUAUUGAUAAGUCAGGAAAAAAGCAAUGAAAGAGCUUUAUCAGCAUUGAAGAAGUUGCAGCGCUUAUACAUUAACCCAAGUCAUGUAGAUUCUGCCUAUACCUUUAGUCAGAAUCCAUUAUUAUCUUGGAUUAUCAUAACAAAUGCACAAAAUACAUCCUUUACGAUUAAAAGGACCAGAUUUGAAGGAUUAAUCAACUUAAAGCGACUAUUUUUGGAAAUGAACAAGUUGUCUGUUAUCCGAGAGAAGACUUUUGUUGGCCUAAAUAGAUUGCUAGAGUUGCAAUGGAGUGGCACAAGCUUAGGCCCAGAUAAUUUCAAAUACGCCGAGAGUCCAAUAAUAGUUGGAUUGCUUUGCUCACAUUGUGGUAUCCGAGAAAUUAAACCAGAGCACUUUCAGAAGCUGCAAACAAUUCAGGCACUAUCUUUGCUUGUGGAAAUUACUAGAGUUGGUAAAGGCCUUCUUAUUAAGCAAUUAAUUUUGACGAGUUGUUACCUCGAAGUCGGUUAUGAUAGUUUAGUCGAAAAAUAA